UGCAUACUGGCUGAUGUCUUUCCUCCAACGACGUGCUGCACCUCUCCUGAGACCCACGACUGCUUCGCUGAGAUGCAAGCGACCCAUCUCCUUGUCGGUCGCGCUUAAAGAGCACGCGCCGAUUGACGUCCAUCCCGAGGUCCAGGAAGCCCUCGCGCACCGUCGGCCGGUCGUUGCGCUCGAGACGACCAUAGUCACCCACGGCAUGCCCUACCCAACGAACCGGGAGACCGCACUGUCCGUCGAGAGCAAUGUCCGGAAGGCGGGUGCGAUUCCUGCAACCAUCGGACUUAUAGAAGGACGCGUGAAGAUCGGUCUCGAGCCACUCGAGCUGGAACGGCUCGCGGACGUGAGCAAAAAUCCUUCUGUUGUGAAGCUGUCGAGGAGAGAUCUCGGCACGGCGAUCGCUCUCAAGAAAGACGGUGGGACAACAUGCAGCACUACCCUCAUUUUCGCUGCGUUAGCUGGGAUCAAGGUCUUCUCCACCGGAGGUCUCGGUGGAGUUCAUCGCGGGGCUGAGUCCACUAUGGACAUAUCCGCUGACCUUCACGAGCUUACUCGGUGCCCGGUUGGGCUGGUUUCUGCUGGAGUGAAGUCUAUAUUGGAUAUUGGACGAACGCUUGAGUAUCUGGAAACCCUAGGUGUUCCGGUCGUAUCGUAUGGCCCUACAGACGACUUCCCCGCAUUCUACACCAGGAGAAGCGGCUUCAAGAGUCCAUGGCGCAUAGACGACCCAGAGUCUGCGGCUCGAAUUCUCAACACUCACAGGCAGCUGGGAAUGUCCAAUGGUGCGCUAUUUGCUGUGCCAAUCCCGGAAGAGUAUGAGUCUGUCGGCGAAGAGCUCCAGCGCGCUGUCGAGCAAGCCAUAAAAGAGUCAGAAGCCAAUGGCGUGAGCCGACGAGGAAAGGAAGCGACCCCAUGGCUGCUCAAACGUGUCAGCGAACUGACGGCUGGCAAGUCUUUGAACAGCAAUAUUGCGCUGAUCGAGAAUACGGCCACUAUCGGUGGCCAAAUUGCUGUCGCGUAUUCACAAUUAGCAAGGGAGACCAGUGCUUCCCAUCCCCAUGUAGUUCACCCAGAAUCGACGCCCGCGGCGUCGAAACCAGAGAGGACGAAUGUGCCCCCCGCAAAGCUGGUCAUCGUAGGUUCCGCCGCCGUCGACGUCACAGCACGAGCAGAUCCUGUUCCUGGCGGGGCGCGUUCGAACAACAAUCUGUAUACUACCUCACCUGGCGUGGUCUCCCUCACGUCAGGCGGAGUUGGUCGUAACGUUGCGGAAGCCGCCUACCGUAUCUUGAGCUCGUUCUCUAAGGACUUGGCUCAUUCUGCUGUCUUGGUUUCUCCCAUCGGCGAGGAUGCGUUCGGACAACUACUGGUUUCCGAGUCAGAGCGGAUCGGCAUGCGUACAGACGGCCUGAUUCGUGUCCCUGAUGCGCGGACAGCCGUCUGUAAUAUGGUGCUGGAUAGCGCAGGAGAACUUACCGGUGGUGUUGCUGACAUGGACGUGAUUCGAACGCUUGACGCAGCGAAAGUCAUCGAGGUCCUGGACAAACAGAAACCCUCUCUUCUGGCUCUGGACGCAAACAUGUCUCCGGAGACUAUGAAGUCGUUGUUGACUUACGCCACGAAACGGAAUAUCUCUACCUUCUUCGAGCCCACCUCUGUACCAAAGUCGACGACGAUCUUCCCUGCCAUCGCUGCAUCGCUGAGCUCGGCAUCUCUGUCUCACGCGCCUGUGACGUUCGCCACUCCGAAUGUGCUUGAGUUGGCUCACAUGUAUCAAGAGGCGUGCGCGUCACCUCUCGAGCUGACCGCACACAAGUACUGGUGGCAAGUUAUCGACGACAUGACUCUCGGCUCCGAGUUCCGCAUGGAGCUCGAGCAACUGGCGCGGCGCCAGGCGUUCGAGGACGAGGCGGUCACAGGCAAUCUCUCUUUCCUGGUCGAGAACGGGAUCGCGCAGAUGACCAUCAACCUCCUUCCGUUCUUCCAGCACCUCAUCAUCAAGUGCGGGGAGCGAGGGCUCAUCGCUGCGUUCCGGAUCUCUGGCGAGCAAGCGCAGUCGUCUGCAUGGGCAAACCAGAGUAGCAAUGUCUACGCCCGCCAGGUUGUGGCUCACAACAGGACAGGCAGUCACAUAGUCGUGUUCAAACACUUCCCUCCCAUUCGGGUCGCAGCCGAGAAGAUCGUAAAUGUUACGGGUGCAGGCGAUUCCUUGGUCGGCUCCAUGUUAGCUACGCUCUCCCAAGCCCCCAACGCCUUCGAAAGUCCAGAAGCACUGGAUCAGCUGGUCGCACAGGCGCAGCUGGCUGCCGUCUACACUCUGCAAAGCGAGCAUGCUGUCUCUCCGAGGUUGUCGAACUUGGGCACGAACGGGAGGUUGCAUUAGUUUCGAUGGCAAUAUGUACUCUACGAUGUGUAGUCUAUUACAAGAGAUAGUAAUGUCAAUGGGUCAAUGGUAAACGUCCGACCUUGACGUCCUCCCUUGCCCGCCUACGAAUCUCUUUCUGCUGAGCAAGAUGUAUCUUAGCCUGCUGCUUGCGCUUCUUUUCAAAGCGAGUCAGUGCUCCAUGCUUCAAACGAGUGAUAAUGUUCGCAGCCUCGCCCUUCUUCAGAGCCCUCAAGCCCUCUUCCGUGGUAUGCCUGACUUUUCCUAGUCCGUCCGCAGCGGCGAUGACCUUGCGAUCUUUCCAGCGUUUGAUUAUGAAUUGCUUCUGCGUUUCAGAAGCCGGCUCCCAGCGCCAUCUCGAUGUUCGCAGUAGACCGAGGGCAACAGUCCCGGGCAGAAUCUCGUUCAGCGCGUAAGUAUCGCAGCCGCGAAUCGCAUCACCCAACGUGGCCGCGGUCAAUAUCUGCCUACUCUUCCUAUAAGGAGAUAUCUUCAACAUCCAUGCUGUCUGCUUGGCGAGCGUUGGCGGGGUAUAGUGAGCGACAAACUUGGCGUUCUGCUCUUGGCCUGCAACUGCGCCUGUGGUUUCGCUUUCGCCUCCACCUCCAUCUUCCCUCUCGCCAUCAUCCUCGUCCCCGCCUUCCGUUGGUGUGAUACGUAUAUACCCUUUACCAAGGCAUUCCAGCACGUAAACACCACCACCGCAGGAUACCCAAGCGUUUCGGGUGAGCUGAUGAAGGCUAGGGUCUCCUGACCCUUGAUCGGCGAUAAUGAAAGGGUCAUCAUGGUCAAUGUACUUCACAGCUGUAGGGGAGGACAUGUUGCCCGUGACAGCACCGGUUGGGGACCCGGUUUCCUCAUCGGCUUCGACCAUGGCGGCAUUGCGCUCCUCGAGACUUUCGAUAGUCUCAUCGUCCGAUAUCAUCGAGGGGUCCAAUCCGAAGAGCGUGGGUGUAGAGACGACACCAGCCACACGCGCCUCUGAGUCGACGAAGUCGAUGAUGCGGCAGUAAUCCUUGCCAGUAGCCGGGGAUAACCUCAUACCGCGGCCGAUCAUCUGCGCGAAGACGUUGCGAGAUCUCGUCGGCCGUGCCACUAUGACACAAUCGAUGUUGGGGAUAUCCGUGCCUUCCGUCAGAACCGCACAAUUCACCAGCACCGGGAAUAUAGCCGCCUUGAAGUCUUCAACCAAGGCCUUUCGUUCGGCCGCAGGAGUCUUCGAAUGGACGUACCGCGCGUCCACUCCUGCGUUCCUGAACGUCGUCGUGAGCGCAUUGACAUGCGCGAGGUUGACGCAGAACACGAGGGUCGACUUGCGGUCCGCUGCUUUAUCCAACCAUGAUCGCACGACAAGCUCGUUUACGACUGGAGUGUUUACGACGUGUGCCAAGCUUGUCGGGUUGAAGUCUCCACUGCUGGUAUUGACCGUCACUCCGCUGAGGUCCAGGUCCGCUUGAACGGUGGUGAAUCGAACCUCGCAGAGCCAUUGGUCCUUGAUCAUCUCAACGACAUCCUUGUGGUAGACUAUCUCCUCAAACACCGAACCGAGGGCCAUGCCGUCAUGCCUGCUGAAGGUCGCAGAGAAUCCUAGUAUGGGUAUGCGAUGGCUCAAGGCCGGAGGCUCGAAUUCAUCGUCUGGGCUCUUGAUUGCAGAGUCGAAAUGCGAGAGAAUGCGACGGUAUGAAGGUGCGGCAGCGUGGUGCGCCUCGUCGACAAUCACGCCCUUCAGAUACUGCGCUCUGAACUUGCCCAGUCUCUGAGAUCGCAGCAGCGUUUGGAAGGUCGCGACUGUGAGAUCCGCGAGACCUGAAGCCUGUUGCUUCCCUUGUUCAAUCUCUACUGUCCACUCAGGAAAAAGCCUUCGAGCCUGCUCCGCGGUUUGCCGGGCUAACUCAACGCUGUUGACGAUGACGAGUGACCUUGUUGCAUCUGGGGCUUGCUUUGGAGCGGGGAGUCGCGACAGAAGGGAAAUGAAGACUGUGGUUUUGCCAGCACCAGUUGGCAGCGAGACACCAAUUCGUGUAGAACCUCUUUCGAGAGCAUCGACACAAGCUUGCAGACACGUCUCCUGGUAGGGGCGAAGCACAACUGGGCUACCAACGCCUGCAGUAUAGCAUCUCCAGUGACCGGCCGUCGAUAUCCUCAGCCGCCAUAAACGUAGCAUAGAACAGAGUAGCGGAGAUCCGCUACCGACGCG